AUGAAUAUCCUCUGUCUUCAGGAGACCCACUCAGCGGAUCCUGAGGUGCAGGAUCGUCUGGACAUCCAGUUGCAAGCUAAGACUUCUAUAUGGACCCACUACUGUGGAGUCGUGAGCAUAAAUCCUGCUAUCCAACUCGAUGAUGCCUAUGUCUCUACUAAUGGUCGGUUAAUCAUCUGCACUGUCUCCCACGUCAACCACCUCUUCCGCUCCUUUCGCCUUAUGAACAUCUAUGCUCCCGCCACUUCUUAUGCUCGCUAUGACUUCUAUGCUGAUCUCCUCCAACUACCUUAUUUCCGCUCCUUACUGUCAAAUCUCUUAUCCGACUCGUUUACUCUUCCCUCUGCGGCUCCCGAUCUGAUUGUAGGAGAUUUCAACUACAACUUUCGACACUUCCCAGCAUCUGUCAUCCAGGAUGGCCUACAGCAUUCAAAUUUCAUCACCAAUUUACACCUCGACUAUUGCUAUCCUUCUGACACCUACUCAAUCAACCCUGAGGAUCCCUCCAAUGUCCCCAUUCUAGACUCCAAUGACUCUGCUAACAUGCCACCGGCCACGAGAGCCCAAUGGCUAUGGCAUGCUAUGUUACAACACCACUACCAAGAGUGCUCCCAUCGUUUACAAUCUGAUCCACUUUUACCCACCUUUACCGGUGGUGGCCACCGAUCUACCAUAGAUUACAUCAAACGAAACCGAAUUCUUCGUACCUACAAAUCCACGGCCAUCUGGAAUGAUCGUCUCCCUGCCAUCGAAGAGGCUAUCAGUACCUUACAGCAGGAAAUCACUGAACAUCAGGCUCUCCGGUUGGGUUUACGUUGGCGUGAGAAUGGCGAGAUCUCUCCUGGCUUUUUGAAACGUCUGGUCACCCAGCGGAUCACUCAGCGGACGCUGCCCACCUUAGUGGAUCCCUCCUCUGGAAAUCGUUUCUUGUCCCAAUCUGAAAAGGAGCAAGCUGUCCAUUCCUUCUACACCAAGCUCUACACUCCUGAUACUGUAAAUACCACGGACAUUCAUUACUUUGCUAACAUGAUCCCUCCUUCACAUCGAUUAUCUGAUGACUCCCAUGACUCCCUUUGCGCUCCUUUCACUCUAGAUGACAUCCUGGAUGGUCUCUUUCGGUCUCCCCCUCAUAGUAGUCCUGGGAUUGAUGGUCUCCCAUAUCAGAUUAUGCGGCUCCUCUUUCUCCAUCCUACUACUGCGGCUAUUGGUCUCCGGGUAUUCAAUGAUGCUCUUCUCCAUGGUAUCUUUCCGGCUUCCUGGAUUCAAACCAGCCUGGUUCUUCUUCCCAAGAAAGGUGAUCUCUCGUAUUUGAAGAAUUGGCGCCCUAUAUCUUUAAUCAACACGGACGCCAAAACCUUCACCCGUAUCCUUAAUGCUCGCUUGAUGGUCCAUUUCUCAGACAAGAUCUGCAUCCAACAAAUGGGAUUCAUGCCCCAACGGUUCAUUGCUGAACAGGGUCUCCAAGUCCAAUGCAUGCAAACGAUUGCCACCAAGUCCGGUCUGCCAUUCAUCGCGCUUCUUCUGGAUCAAGAAAAAGCGUAUGAUCGCAUCCACUUCUCUUAUCUUGAAGCCAUAAUGAAAGCCUUCAACAUCCCCAGUACACUCAUUACCGCCAUCCUUAACCUCUUCUCCUCCACUAUGAUUCAACCCAACGUGAAUGGCUUCCCAUCCACUCCUUUAUCACAAUUACGAGGCCUUCGACAUGGCGACCCGUUAAGUCCACUGCUAUUCAACAUCGCAUUUGACCCCUUCCUGCGAGCAGUCCACAAUGACUCCCGUAUCCAAGGCAUCACAUCCUGGCAUGACAACUCAUCCACCUCUGCUCUGAACUACCUUGGUUACGGUCUGUUCUCCAACCAGCAACAACGGUCCUCCUUGGUCGCCUCUCUUAUCUCCAGUAUCCAAGACUCUUGUCAACUCCAUUCCACUCGAAACCUGACUAUACGGGGUCGUAUCACUGUUCUGAAUUCUUUGAUCCUCUCCAAACUAUGGCACAUCCUACGUCUGGUCACUCUUACUAAGUCAGAAUUCUCGUCCAUACAAUCCAUCAUCUCAUCCUUUAUCAACCGGAACGCUAAGAUUUCUCGCUUUGCUCUUGACAAACUCGCCUUACCGCGAUCACAAGGUGGCCUCAAACUCCUGAUCCCAGCUCAACAGGCUCACGCCCUGCAAUGGCGCUGGCUCCAACCACUCCUUGAUCCCAAUCAACCAUCACUCACUCUGAUGCCAUCCCUUCCAAUCCUUCGGUCCACUAUGUCCUUUGUUCUUGGCUCUCCUCGGUUUCCUUCCUACCACUGGCCUCUGCUUUUCCCUCCCUGUCGCCCAUCCGGUUUUCCUGAUUCUGGUCCCGUCCACAACAUACUUUCUGCUGUCGACUCCAUCCAAAGAAACUUCUAUAUAUGCUCCGUUGAUAUCCCCACCAUUUUACGUCUCCCCUUCUUCAACACACUCUACACCCCCUCCCAUCCUUUGUCACCCACAUUUUCUCCCCCUUCCACAGUUCUCCAAAAUCACAUUACAAUUCGUCGCCACCUUUACGGUUCUGACAUCUUUGAUUACAGCCCUACAACCCUCAACCUCACUCUUAAACAACACACUCGCAACCUCCCUCAUUCUAUCGCCUCCGCUCGCGCCAUUAAUAUGAUACUUUCCCAUUCCCUUCUUUUAAACACCUUUACCCUCCAUGCUAUGAUGCCAUACUUCCCUCGACCUCUCUUAACUUCAUCACAACUUGAUCUCACCACCCUACCCACUAUUGACCAACUACAUCCCUUACUCACAUCCCUCAUCUCUUCCCAAUUCGACUUGGCCUCUCACCAAGUCAAAAUUGUCGCUCCUUCCACUAAAGGCUUCAAAUCCUUACCUUCCUCUACUCCUGUGGUCUCCCCAGCACCGGUCCUGACACCUACUAGAUGGAAAACCUUUUGGUCCCUCCGUAUCCCUCUGAAUGCUAGAAAUACCUGGUUCCGUGUUCUCCAUCACAAGAUCUCUACCAGAGAACGUAUUCAGUCUCGUCUCAAGACCCCUUUCAACGCCACCUGUACCAUAUGCAACUCAUCCACAGAAACAACUGAACACUUUUUAUUCGCUUGUCCACUUAAACGUUUCUUCUGGCGCACCGCUAUCCUUACUUACAUGCUUCCCCGGAUCCAACAAGACACCUACUCAAACUUUCAGCAACUCCUUCAUUUGGAACAUCCUUCAUCCAGGCAUCAGCACCCUCUGUUCCCAUCUCUUUCCGUACAUCAAGUGUUUGCCUGCAUGUUACAAACAGUCUGGUAUUAUCACUAUCAGCACCACUUCCAUCAAUCCACAUUCUUACCUUCUAUCCUCCUUUCCUAUCUACGAAACUCACUUACAACCCUACACUCCCAAGAAAACUUUCAUCAAAUUCUCUAA